AUGAAAGGAAGAGGAGGAAAUGGCGGCAACGUUGGAGCUCCGGCCGACCUCCUCGUCUGCUUCCCAUCCCGAGCACACUUGGCCUUGAUGCCGAAGCCAAUAUGUAGCCCUUCUCGGCCGGCGGACUUGGCUGGGAAGCGGCAUCGUGCCGCUCGCGGCCACGUUAGCCCGCUGUUCAAGACCAAGACCAAGAGCAUGAGCUCGGAGGAGGUCAUCGACGAGCCGACUUCGCCCAAGGUCACCUGCGCCGGGCAGAUCAAGGUCCGGAGCAAGUCCCGGCCGCGCCCACCACCGGCUGAGCAGAAGAACUGGAUCGCGGUGGUGGAGGAAAUCGAGAGGAUGCACGAGCACCGGAACAAGAAGGCGCAUCACUGGCUCGACGCCGUUAGCCUUAAGAAGGACGUCAUGCACUUGGUCGGCGCUCUCCGCGGCUUCCGCUUCAAUAUGCGGUGCUUCGGUGCGUUCCACGGCGCUGUGGACUGCACCACCGAUGAGGAAGACGGCGAGGAGGAGGAGGAGGAGGAGGACGAGAAGGAGGAGGCCGAGAGCAGCACCGAGUCGGGAACUGUGUUCUCUAAGUGGGACAAGACGUCGAGCAGGAGUAAUGGUUUCAGCUGGGCUUUUAAGCUGUCACUGACGGUGCCUUUUUAUGCUAUGGAAUGA